CCGCAGCGACUAACCCAGCGACACAACCCGCGCGCAGCGACAAGAUGGCUUCCACUUCUAAAAUAGCAAAGAGAUUGGGAUCUGUCAUCAAAUUAAAGCCAGAAUCGUAUGAGAAGUACAAAGAACUGCAUGCUGCAGUAUGGCCACAGGUGUUGCAAAGAAUAUAUGACAGCAAUAUCAGGAACUACACCAUUUAUUAUGACAAAUAUCACCAGUUAUUGUUCUCUCACAUGGAAUAUAUCGGGGAUGACUUGGAGAAGGACAUGGCAGCAAUAGGAAGUGAUCCAGUCACGAGGGACUGGUGGAAGAUCUGUGAACCUUGUCAGGAGUCAUUAGAUUGGACAGGGCCGCCACCGAGUGAGGGAGGCAAGGGAGGCAACUGGUGGGCUCCGAUAGAGGAAGUAUUCCAUGAUGGUCAUCCAUCUACACAGUACAAAUAGAAUGAUUUAAAAUAAAAAAAGUGCUCUAAACCUAUUGGUAUUGUAAUUUAGUAAAUAAUAUUUUUGAUAGUACAGUGAGGAACAAGUGCAGAAAUGAAAAUCAAAUUGUCAUUGAAAAAACCCAGUAGUUAUCAACUUUAUUAUGCAAUAUAAAUUUUGGAACAUGCAAGAGCACUCUAAGUUAUCCUGGAUCAUCAUAAAACAAAAGGCUUGAGAAACAGAAGACAUCUAUUCACAAUCGUGACUUUUGACUUAGCAUUCAAAGCCUGGAUAUGCAGUGAGUUAUAACUGACUAGAAGAUAUUACAUGUAAGGGAUGAAAGGAAAUUCCUUUUAAAAAAUGAACUCAAUAAACAGUGGUAUUUCAUA